AUCCUCAAUAAACAAUUCUAAGUGAUAUCAUCGUUACAUAAAAUUUGUACUUUUUUAGUAAUUUAAAGAUUUUAUGCUGGUACUAAUUAACUUACCCAAGCCUUUGUCGAGAAAGAAUCGAAGUGAGUGGCUGUUUUGCUUCUGCAUCACUGAGAUGAGGAAGUUAGAGAGAAGAGAGAUGGAAUUCGCGGAGCUAAGAGAAGCAAUAGAGAAAAUGGAGCUGGUGGACGGUCAUGCUCACAACAUCGUCUCUCUGGACUCCAGCUUCCCGUUCAUCAAUUCCUUCUCUGAAGCCACCGGCGACGCCUUAUCCUUCACUCCUCACUCUCUCUCCUUCAAGAGGAAUUUGAGGGAGAUUUCUGAACUCUAUGGCACAGAAUCAUCCUUGGAUGCUGUUGAAGAAUAUCGUAGAUUAUCUGGAUUGCAAGCCAUUAGCUGGAAAUGCUUUAAAGCUGCAGGAAUCUCUGCUGUACUCAUUGAUGAUGGAUUAAAAUUGGACAAGAUGCAUGAUAUUGAGUGGCACAGAAGUCUUGUUCCAUUUGCUGGUAGGAUAUUAAGAAUUGAACGCCUGGCUGAGCAGAUUCUUGAUGGAGAGCCAGAUGGAUCUACUUGGACAUUGAAUAAGUUCACUGAAACUUUUGUUAAAAUGGCUGAUGGGAUUGUUGGCUUGAAAAGUAUAGCUGCAUAUCGAAGUGGUCUGGAAAUCAACCCUAAUGUCACCAAGGAAGAUGCUGAAGAAGGUCUUUCUGAAGUUCUACGUGCUGGGAAGCCUGUCUGUAUUACAAAUAAAAGCUUUAUUGAUUAUAUUUUCAUUCGAAGUUUGGAGGUUGCAAUAUGCUAUGAUCUUCCAUUGCAGAUACACACAGGCUUUGGAGACAAAGAUUUGGAUUUACGGCUUUCAAAUCCUCUUAAUCUUCGAACUCUUCUAGAGGACAAGAAAUUUUCUGGGUGUCGCAUAGUUCUUUUACAUGCAUCAUACCCAUUCUCAAAGGAAGCAUCAUAUCUAGCCUCUGUUUAUUCUCAAGUUUACCUAGACUUUGGUUUGGCAGUUCCCAAGCUCAGUGUUCAUGGGAUGAUAUCCUCAGUAAAAGAACUUCUGGAGCUAGCUCCAAUAAACAAGGUGAUGUUCAGCACUGAUGGUUAUGCAGUUCCAGAAACUUACUACUUAGGUGCCAAAAAAGCACGUGAAGUUAUCUUUUCUGUUCUUUGUGAUGCAUGCAUUGAUGGUGAUCUCUCGGUUGCUGAAGCCAUGGAAGCAGCUAAGGGCAUCUUUGCCCAGAAUGCAAUUGAGUUCUACAAGAUUAAAGCAGGUCUGAAAUCUGCAGAUCUAAAGGCUAGUUCAACUCCUUGCUUUGAUGUGGAGAAUGCUGUAGAUAUUGGUGCUUCAUUUGUUCGUAUUAUAUGGGUGGAUGCUUCUGGACAGCACAGAUGCCGUGUUGUUACAGCAAAACGCUUCAAUAAUGUUGUCAAGAAAAAUGGUGUUGGUUUGACAUUUGCAUGUAUGGCAAUGAGUUCACUUGUUGACGGUCCAGCUGAUGAGACAAAUCUGACAGGAACGGGUGAGAUCAGACUGAUGCCUGAUCUGUCGACUAGAUGGAAUGUUCCAUGGGCAAAAAGAGAGGACAUGGUCUUGGCUGACAUGCAUCUUAAACCUGGUGAGCCAUGGGAAUAUUGCCCAAGAGAGGCCUUAGGAAGGGUUACAAAAUUGCUAAAAGAUGAAUUUGACAUGGAGGUGAAUGCAGGUUUUGAAAAUGAGUUUUUUCUCUUGAAAAAGCUGGAAAGAGAAGGGAAAGAAGAGUGGGUUCCAAUUGACUCAACACCUUACUGCUCCACUGCUGCAUUUGAUGUUGUCUCUCCUUUAUUUCAUGAAAUCAUUGCUGCUCUUAAUUCUAUGAAUAUUGAAGUUGAACAGUUGCAUGCAGAAGCUGGGGAAGGUCAGUUUGAGUUGGCUCUGGGGCACACAACUUGUACUCCUGCUGCUGAUAAUUUAAUUUUCACACGUGAAGUUGUUAAGGCUGUUGCAAGGAAACAUGGAUUGUUGGCAACUUUUGUUCCAAAGUAUGAUUUGCAUGAUGUUGGCUCUGGAUCCCAUGUGCAUCUCAGUUUAUGGCAGAAUGGGAAAAACAUAUUCGCGGGAUCUGGUGGGUCCAAUCAGCACGGGAUGUCUACAGUUGGGGAGCAAUUUAUGGCUGGAGUUCUGGAUCAUCUUCCUUCAAUCUUGGCUUUCACAGCGCCAGUUCCAAAUAGUUAUGAUCGAAUACAACCUCAUAUGUGGAGUGGAGCAUACCAGUGCUGGGGAAAAGAAAACAGAGAAGCUGCAUUAAGAACUGCAAGCCCACCUGGUAUACCAGACGGUUUGGUGAGCAACUUUGAGGUUAAAUCUUUUGAUGGCUGUGCAAAUCCACACUUGGGCUUGGCUGCAAUAGUUGCUGCUGGAAUUGAUGGGUUGAGGAGGCAUCUUCAUCUCCCUGAACCUAUUGAUGGAGACCCGGCUGACCUUGAGGGGAAACUUAAAAGAUUACCUACAUCUCUUUCUGAAUCAUUAGAGGCUCUCAGGAAGGACAAUGUCUUGCAUGAGAUAAUUGGCGAAAAGCUUUUGGUUGCUAUAAAAGGAGUUCGAAAGGCUGAAAUUGAUUACUACUCAAAGAAUAAGGAUGCAUAUAAGCAACUUAUACACCGCUACUAAACCAAUAAAAUUAUAAACAGAGAUGAAAAGUUAGGUUCUUCAUAUGUGUUGCGUUCUAUAUCUGUGUUGUGCAUUCUGUAAUAUAAACUGUGUCAAAUGUAGCUUAGAUUUCCUUCCUCAUUAAUGUAUUCUCCUGUAUCCAUGUAUUGUCUCUUAUUCUCGAGGAUGAUAUAUUCUCCUUUUUCUAAAUUUAUUGGUUUAGCAGGUACUUGCUCUGGCAUCUAGAACUUCAAGUUUCUCUGUACAUGUAAAUUCUGUUCAGAAAACUUGGCACGGAGCAAAACCAAAAGUUCUGUGCAACCAACUAAUUCAACAAGGUCCUCUAAAUAUUCAUCUUAAGCAAAAACAGGGUAACAAACUUCACAUUACUAU